GCAGCUCAGAGGCGCUGAGGGGAGCAGCCGGAGCAGACUCCUGCAGCAUCAGAAGCAAGCAGCCGCCGGAGCCAAAAAGCAGGGAGCUGCCCUAUCCUGCCUGUCUCCGGCACUUGCUAUUCCCAGCCUCAACUUUUAUGGGCGUGCUGGCGGGAGGCAUCCAAGCCUUUCUUCUCCUGCAACAGAAGGGCUACCACGCACCUAAGCUCGGUGGCAGCUGGAAAAGGACUCAAGGAAGCGAGGGCGCAAAGGCAGGCCGGGCGGAGGCGGUGGUCACUGCGCCUUGGUCCAGCCACAGGCCCGCCUGCUGGGCAGAGAACUAGCCGCAUCACCAGUGACACCGGCUUGGCUUGCCGAUGUGCCAGGCGGCCUGAGAGGAGCAUGGAGCCCCGGCAAUUUGCCCAGGGAGAGAGAAGGGGCCGCCGGAGGGAAGGGGAGCGGCUGAUCUCCGAGCCUGUGGCCGACGGGAGGUGGCUGAUCCCACUUUGGCUCUGCCUGUGCGCUGCCGGGGGUUGCUCGGGACAGGUGUAUAACCUCAGCCUAGCAGUGGACGAAAGGCUGCCAGCCGACACCCUGGUGGGGGACAUUAGCGCGGGGCUGCCCCCAGGCGAAGGGCACCCUGGCGGCUUCUUCCUGUCGGAAGGAAGCGGCGAGUCGGCAGUGUUGGCGGAUUUCCACGUGCACACAGACACCGGCAUCAUCCGCACCGCGCGGCCGCUGGACCGCGAGCGCCGGGCGCGCUACAGCUUCGUGGCGGCCACGCUGCGCGGGGAGAUGGUGCAAGUGGAGAUCACCGUCACCGACGUGAACGACCAUGCACCCCGUUUCCCACGAGAGUCGGUACGACUCAACGUCUCCGAGCUCAGUCCCCCUGGCAGUGCCUUCCGCUUGCCCGCUGCACGGGAUCCCGACGCCGGUAGCUUUGGCACGCAGGGCUACUCGUUGCUGCCGCAGGAUCAGGACACAACUGCGGACAGAGAUCGGGAGGAAAGUCCGUUUUUCCAGUUGCGCUAUGGGAUCCCGCCGGAUACCCUGGAUCUGAUGUUGUUGCGACGGUUAGACCGGGAGCGGGCAGAUACCCACCGGUUGCUGGUGGAAGCUUGGGACGGCGGAAGCCCUCGUCGGAGCGGCCGCCUCCGGGUGGAGAUCCGGGUGGUGGACGAGAACGACAACGCGCCCGCCUUCGGACAGAGUGAAUACCGCGCCCGCGUGCGGGAGGACGCACCGACGGGCAGCUCGGUGUGCCGAGUCUUGGCCACCGACCCAGAUCUAGGUGUCAACGGCGAAGUGCGCUACAGCCUUAGCCGACGCCAGGGCGACCCUUCGGCCGCUUCCUACUUCGAGGUAGAGGAGCGCACUGGGUUGCUCAGCCUGAUCCGGCCGCUGGAUCGCGAGGUGCGCGCGAUCCACCGCCUAGCUGUGGAAGCUCGCGACGGCGGCGCCCAGCCUGAAGUGGCUACCGCCCUGGUGGCCGUGGAGGUGCUCGACGUGAACGACAAUGUGCCCGCCAUCCAUCUGCUCUACCUCACCGAGACCGGGGCCAGCGUCUCCGAGGGGGCCCGGCCAGGUGACUACGUGGCCCGUGUGUCCGUCUCGGACCCAGACGAGCAGGAGGAAGAGGAGAGAAAGGGAGAGGCCGCACCACGAGGCGGCGUGGCGCUGAGCCUCCAGGGCGGCGAAGGCGCCUUCUCGCUGCGGUCCUCGAGCGGCGACAGCGGUGUCUAUUUCCUGUGCGUGGAGGGUCCCUUGGAUAGGGAGAGGUGCGAUGUCUACGAGCUCCGCCUGGUGGCCGUCGACUCGGGCGCGCCGCCCCUUUCCUCGCAACGAGCGCUGGUCAUCCGCGUGGCCGACCUCAAUGACCAGGCGCCCGCCUUCGCACAGCCUCGCUAUCGAGCCGCGGUCUCCGAAGCCGCCUCCCCUGGCACCGUCGUGCUGCGCCUUAGCGCCUCCGACGCCGACGAGCCCGGCUCCCCCAACGCCCAGGUGCGCUACGCCUUGGGUCCCCACCAGACCCAGGGCGCGCUUUUCCACCUCGACCCGCUCAGCGGGGUCCUCAGCAUCCAGGCAGGGCUGGACCACGAGCGGGAAGCGGCGUUGGAGGUGCUGGUGCUGGCCCGGGACUUGGGGGAGCCUCCUAUGUCCGCCUCGUGCCUGGUGAGCGUCAGUGUGGAGGAUGCCAACGACAACGAGCCUGUCUUUGAGCACCGGGUCUACAACGCCAGCCUGGCUGAACACGCCAAGGCUGGAUAUUGUCUACUCCAGGUUAAGGCAACAGACAGAGAUUCAGGAAAUUUUGGCCAUAUUGAGUAUUUUUUGUAUGAUGGAUUCCAUGAUUAUGAAAAAUCAAAAGCAUUCCAGAUUGACCUUAACAGCGGCCACAUAUGUGUGUCACAGGACAUUGACAGGGAAGAGGAUCCAUCUAUAUAUGAUCUCUUGGUGAAAGCAAUAGAUGGGGGUGGGCUAAGCGCUCAAGCCUUUGUUCAUAUAGAGAUAGAAGACAUUAAUGAUAAUCACCCUGUCUUCGACCCAGUGACUUACAUGACGAGCAUCAGCAAUCAUACACAGCCAGGAACAGAAAUCAUAAGUGUUGUUGCUACAGACAAGGAUUCUGGAAUAUAUGGAGUUGUGAUUUAUGAAUUGCUACCAGGUGACCUCUCUUCCCUAUUCACAGUGGAUGCAUCUACAGGAAUCGUUUACCUGAUAUCAGCUCUCAGUAAUGUGGAACAUUCCAGUGUGCUGUUGAUUGUUUCUGCCCGGGAUGGAGGUGGUCUUUUUUCUGUUGUUAAUGCAGUUGUGACUCUGAGGAUCCUGCAAACUGCUGUGGCUCCUGCUGUUUUCGAGAGAUCACGUUACACUUUUUCCAUCCCUGAAGAUGCCCCUGAAGGAAGUGCUGUUGGAACAGUGAAAGCAAGGGAGCCUUUGAAUUUCUUGGAAACAAUUUCUUACAGAAUUUCCUCUGGUGAUCCCUAUGAAAGAUUUUCUAUUGACCCUCAGUAUGGAAUCAUCCGCACCAGGAAACAACUUGACCAUGAAACCCAUUAUCAUACUAUUCUUACAGUGCAGUCGCAGCUGGGAAGCUCCACUGUCCACAGUAGUGCCCAGGUCAACAUAACCGUGAUUGAUGUUAAUGACAACCCUCCAGUGUUUGUGAUGGGAUUUGAUCAGAUAAAUAUAUCGCGAAGCACGGUACCUGGCACAGCUCUUUACAUUGCUCAUGCAGAGGACAAAGACAGUGGGCUAAAUGGGGCAAUCCAGUACACCGUUGUAAGCAAUCAAUCAAGUGCUUUUGCCAUUGAUCCUGUUCUUGGGGUGCUUUAUCUUGCCAAAGCUCUGGCUGCUGAUGAACAGCCUGAACACACAGUAGUACACAUCGCAGCAGAAGAUCAUGGAAGUCCUCCCCUGAGUUCUGUGUUGAUCCUGAGAGUGAUAAUUGAUGAACACAAGGGACGCCCCUCUUUGACUUUUGAAAAUUUGGUGUAUCAGGUGGAAGUCAGUGAGACAGCUCCUGUAGGUGCCAGAAUUCUGCAAUUACAAGCCUGGAAGCUAGAUCUCCAACGUCGUCCUAGGAAUGUUGUGUACUUCCUGGAGCAUAACUUAGAUUCUGCUUCAUUUAGAAUUAAUCCAGAAACGGGUGUGAUUUACCUACAGAAUCCUUUAGACUAUGAACUUAUGCCAACACACAGUUUUAGAGCCUUUGUUGCUAGCACAGCAGACAAGUCAGGGCAAAAUGCAAGUACAUCAGUAAUAGUUAAUGUGAUUGAUGAAAAUGAUAAUUCUCCCGUGUUUAUGAGUGACCCCUAUUUUUUUGAAAUUGAGGAGAGUUCAUUACCCCGAGGUGUGGUUGGCACAAUAGCAGCAAUUGACAAGGACUCUGGGAGAAAUGGGCAGCUCUCCUUUUUCCUCUUAUCAGAUGGAAAAUAUUUCAAAAUCAAUUCCAAUACAGGUGAAAUUAUAAACUGGGUUGCAUUAGACUAUGAGGAGCAAGCUCAGCACCAUCUGUUUGCUCUGGUGACUGACCAUGGAGUCCUGCAACAUAAUGUCACAGUAUCUGCCUAUAUCUCAGUUACUGACGUCAAUGAUAACCACCCAUACUUCCCACAGCUUCUGCCUGGAGCAGAGCUGCAUGUCAAGGUUUUGGAAGGACAACCAGCAGGAACACUGGUUGCCACCAUAUUUGCCAAGGACCUUGAUUCUGGGAACAACGGGUUAGUGUUAUAUUCAUUGUCCUCAGGGGAAAGUUUAGGUCACUUUCAGAUUGACAGCAGCAGUAGUGAGUUAAGAACCACUGAAGCUCUUUUGUAUAAUUGGCAUUCAAGCUAUCGUAUGGUGAUCACUGCAACUGAUCAGGGAAUUCCUCCUCUUCAAGGACAAAUAGUCAUCAACAUUGAGAUAAUUCCACUUCCCAAAGGGAAAUCUGUUCCUUUCCAAAACAUCAGACAUUUGGUCAUACCAGAAAAUUUUAGGCCUGCACAAAUGCUGUGCUCUCUAAAACUGCCUAGUCAGCAUCCUCAUUUCAACAACAAACAGCAUUUUAGUAUCUUUGAAGAAGAUUCCCAUGUUCCAUUUGAAAUUGACAAUGCUAGUGGGGAUCUAUUUCUUUCCAAAGAACUUGAUUAUGAGACAGCAUCUCACUACUUCCUUAGAGUUGUUGUAAAUGAUUAUCUGAAUAGUCCUCCAUGGAAUGACACAGUUUUCCUCAGUAUUGACGUCGAAGAUCAAAAUGACCACUCUCCGGCUUUCCAGGAUGACUUUGUUGUAAUUGGGAUAGAGGAAAAUGUGCCCGUGGGCACUUUGGUGUAUACAUUUAAUGCAAAAGAUGGAGAUGGCAGUUUUUUAAACAGCAACCUUCAGUAUUCUAUACGCAGGAAUGACUUCACUGAAAAUCCAUUUCUAAUUCACCCUUCUUAUGGUAACGUAAUCACAGCAGUUCCUCUUGAUCGAGAGACGACUCCGGUUGUUGUCCUCACAGUGCUGGCAGCAGAUCAGGUGGUAAAUGUGAGUGAUCGCAGGCAGAGUUCGUUGACAGCAAAGAUUGUCAUUUUGGACGUCAACGAUAACCACCCUACCUUUGUUUCAUCUCCUCUUUCCUACGUUAGAGAGGAUGCAGAGGUAGGCUCAUUGGUGCAUCACAUAGUCGCACAGGAUCCAGAUCUAGGAAGGAAUGGGCAAGUCACAUACCAUCUUCUCUCAAACAACACAGACCAUGCAUUUGUAAUAGAUAAAAAUUCAGGACUGCUAACUACUGUCUUUGCUUUGGACCAUGAAUGCCAAGAACAUUACAACUUAACAGUUGUGGCCCUUGAUAAUGGUACUCCAGCUCUAUCUGCAACUCAGAGUCUGAUAAUAAUUGUUGUUGAUGUAAAUGACGAGGUGCCAAUGUUUACAAAAUCUCUAUAUGAAUCUUCCAUCUGUGAAAAUGAAGUUCCAGGAGCAGUUGUGAUUAAAGUUGAAGCCACAGAUAAAGAUUCAGGUAUCAAUUCUCUACUUCAGUAUGAAAUUUUAUCAGGACCUGGAUAUGAAUUUUUUCAAAUAAACCAAGAUACUGGAGAGAUUACAACAGCCAUCUCACUUGACAGGGAGACUCAAGAUAUCUUCACUAUUAAAGUUCUAGUUCAAGACAGCGGAACUCCCAUUUUAUCCAGUACAGCAUCAAUUGUCUUCAGAGUACUGGAUGAAAAUGACCACACUCCCAAGUUCCUCCUUCCAGUUUCUAAGAUCCAAAUUAUGGAGAACCAAGAGCCUUCAACAGUAUCAACUGUGUUGGCUAUAGAUAAGGAUGCUGCUGGUAAUGGAACUGUGCAAUAUCGGAUCAUUGGUGGAAAUGUCAGAGGAUAUUUUGCAUUGCACAAAACUUCAGGAGACCUCUUCACCACCUGCAGCUUAGAUCGAGAAAUUGUCAGCAACUUUACCCUGGUUAUUGAGUGUUUCGACUUGGGCAGCCCACCAAGAAGCUCUGUGACCCAACUGCAUAUCACAGUCCUGGAUGAAAAUGACAACAGUCCCUUGUUUGCAAGGAACCAUUAUCAAACAUCUGUGAGAGAAGAUCUUGAAGAAGGGUCAGCAGUUCUUGAACUUUUUGCAGCAGAUGCAGAUGAGGGUCCAAAUGGAGAGGUCACAUACUCUCUGACUGAGGACAUGCUUGGAGCAUUUACCAUUGAUAGGAUUACUGGUGUGAUAUUUACUACGAAACUGCUGGACCGGGAGAGAAAACCUCAAUAUGUAUUUAAGGCUUUGGCAACAGACUCUGGCAUCCUGGGACCAAGAAGCACGAGUGUUACAGUUAUUGUGCAUAUUGAGGAUGUCAACGACAAUAGUCCUUUUUUCCUGCAGAACCCUGUCAUAGCUCAUAUACCCUCGCAGGCACCUAUAAAUCUGACAAUAGCUACUGUGAGAGCCAAUGAUGUAGACCUAGGACUAAAUGGAGCUGUGACUUUUAGGUUUGUGAAGCCAGAAUCUAUGUUUCAGAUGGACCCAAACACAGGAGAAAUUUUUCUUCAAGAACCUUUACCUCUUGAAGGUUGCAUUACACACCUGAUAGUGGCUUCUGAUCAAGGGCUCCCAGCUAGAACAGCUACUGCUCUUUUGGCCAUCUACUCAGAAGCACAGACAGAGAUGAUUUCAUUCAGCCUUACUGAAUACAAAGCAACGGUUCCUGAAAAUAGUGCAAUAGGCACCUCUGUUUUCACUGUAGCUGCUUACAACCGUAGUUUGAUGGGAAAGAAUUUAAAACACACAGUCAUCGGUGAACAUGAAGAUAUUUUCGACAUCCAUCCCAUCAUGGGUGAAAUCACAGUAAAACAAGCUGAAUUACUUGACUACGAAGUGAGGAAAAAAGUGCAUUUUGCAGUCUUAGCUGAAAAUGGCUUGACUUCAGCAGUGUGUGGAGUGACAGUAUUGAUACAGGACAUGAACGAUAAUGCACCUCAAUUUGAGCAAAACUAUUUCAAAACAUCAGUGUGGGAGGGCCAGGCUUUCAAUACAUACAUCAUGCAGAUCUAUGCAACAGAUGAUGACACAGGAAUAAAUGGAGAAAUUGAAUAUUCAGUUAUAUCUGGCAACACAAAUGAAGCUUUUCUUAUUGAUUCAGCUCAAGGAAUUAUAUCAACGAAUACAAUCCUAGAUCGCGAAGACAUUUCAUCAUAUAGGUUAGUUGUGCAAGCUGUUGACAAAGGAAGCCCCAGGCUAUCUGCUACAAGCACAGUAGAAAUACAAGUUGUGGAUAUCAAUGACAACAUUCCGACUAUCCAACCAUUAGGCAUCGUGGAGCUCCCUGAAAAUGCCCCACUUGGCUUCCUGGUGAUGCAAGUAUCGGCAGAUGAUGCAGACCUAGGCCCACCUCUUCACUACAGUUUUGCUGAAGAUGGUAAUCUUGGAAUGAAAUUUGCAAUCGACCAAUACAAGGGAAUAAUCACAUUGGUGAAAGCAUUAGAUUUUGAAGAAACCACACGGCUUGAACUGUUGAUCAGAGUUUCAGAUUCUGUGCAUCAAACCACAGAACAACUUCUAAUAUUUAUAUUUGAUAUUAACGAUAAUCCACCGGUAUUUACUCAGGAUGCAUAUCUGGUGAUGAUACCAGAACAUAGACCUAUAACCACUUCUAUUUUGACUGUCUGUGCUACAGACAAAGAUUCAGAGGACAAUGGAAAACUAUCCUACAGAAUUUCCCCCUCCUCUGAUACAUUUUCUGUUGAUCCACAAAAUGGCUCACUAUAUCUGGUUAAGACAGUGACAUACCAGGAAAAGAAUUCAGUUAUUCAGCUCCAUGUGGAAGCCAGUGACAGAGGAAAUCCUCCUUUGAGUGCUAUUACUUCAGUGGUCAUACAGAUCCAGGAUGUGAAUAAUUAUACCCCUCAAUUUACCGUGCCAGCAUAUAAUCUCAGUAUCAGUGAAAAUGUCUCCAUUGGAGAGAGGCUGCUAACAUUCUCAGCUGUUGACUAUGACAGGACACAUGACAACACCUAUGUUGAUUAUGCUAUUAUUGGUGGUAAUGGUAGUAAUAAAUUCCAGAUGGAAAAAUGUAUCAUUGGGCCAGAAUCUCCAGGUAAACUAAUUGGAAAUCUUGUGUUGAGAAGUGUUCUGGAUCGAGAAAGAAGUUCAUCUUACCAAUUGUUAAUUCUUGCAUCUGACCAGGGAACUCCUUCUUUAAACUCCACAGCUACAGUGUCAAUCACUGUUUUGGAUAUUAAUGAUAACCCACCUGUAUUUACCAGUUUGGAAUAUCAUGUUAAUGUCAGAGAAAAUUUCCCAGUAGGCAGUCAUAUCACAGCAGUCUCAGCUAAUGAUUGUGAUGCUGGACCUAACGCAGACAUCACUUACAGUAUCAUCUCUGGAAAUGACAAGGGACACUUCCAUUUAGAUGGGAAAACUGGCUCCCUUGACCUGGUCAGAGCUUUGGAUUAUGAAGAAAUGAUGAAAUUCAGUCUGACUAUUCAAGCCUCUGAUGGAGGAGUUGGUGUAAAAAAUGUGGCUUUUGCUGUAGUUUUUAUCAGCAUCCUCGAUGCUAAUGAUUAUGUCCCAAUGUUUGUAUUUCCCAGCCUAGACUGCAGAAUACAUGAAAAUCUGCCUGCUUUUUCAUUUGUCUGCACAAUUUCUGCAUUAGAUUUUGAUACUGGACCCUAUGGUCAACUUUCUUACUCCAUCCAGUCGUCAUGUUUGUCUGGUCAUGGAACGCCUGGAGAUCAUGACAUGUUUUUCAUAGAUCCUGUGACUGGAGAUAUCCUCACCAAACAGGUGCUUGAUUUUGAAGAUCAGAAUAAGUUUUGUUUCAUAGUUCAGGCCAAAGACAGAAGCAAUUCAACAGCCACGGUUACUGUUCAAGUGGAUGUCGAGGGGGCUGAUGAAUUUGACCCUGUUUUUAACCAAGAUCAGUAUUUUUUUCAUUUCCCUGAAAAUAAUGAAGCAGGGCAGUUGAUUGGCAAAGUGACAGCAUCAGAUUAUGAUGGAGGAUUGGAUGGUGUCAUUCACUACACUUUGCUAAAACAGUCUCCUUUCUUUUCUGUGAACCACAGCAGUGGGUCCCUCUCCUUAACUAGGCCUUUUCAGAGGAAAAGAAGCAGUAUGAAGAGGACAGAUGAUACUCUUGAACUACUUAUAAAAGCUCAUAGCCCAAAGCUGGACUCAAAGUCCAGCACAUGCACAGUUCUGGUAAACAUUUCUAAUGCUCCAGAGAGUUAUUCCAUGUUGCCCAUGCAAACUGUGUCCAUUAGCAUCGCUUCCUCUACUGUAGCGUUCCUGUUUCUUGCCAUUAGUUUUGCUGUGCUUAUUGUUAGAUUCAGACAAAAAGAAAUAGUGAAUUCCAGUGUGAAGAAAGAGAUGGCAUCUCCCUCACCUACUGAUUUGAAAUUAGACCAGGAAAAUAGUGCUCCUAAAGACAUUCAGAAAUCCCGGAUCCAUGUAGCCAGUACCCUUCCAGUAGGCACCAUAGCUGAGUGGCUAAGUUUGGUAGGCAUCAAAGAGAGAAGGGACAUGAGUAAUCCUUGUAGGCAUUCAGACUCUAGUGGCCAUGGCUCUGCAGAAGGAGAAACUGCAGAAGAUGAGGAAAUAAAGAGGAUCAAUAAAUAUCCUUGCAGGAAGGGUUCCGGAUCAGCUUUAAGUGAUCGAGGCUCAAGUAUUCCAGAUUCGGGAAUUCCCAGAGAUUCUGACCCACUUUCAUGUCAGUCUGAGGAGACUGAUGUGUUGGCCGUUUCUCACAACAUAGAGACUGUCCAAUCUUUCAAAUAUGGAAGUGGAGGAGAGGGAAGAGAAUGUGAUACAAGGUACGCUUGCAAUAAAAAGCUAUCUCAAACGUAUUAUAAUAUGGGGAUAAAGGAAAAAGACAUUACGACAAACAUCACAAGUGAACAUAUCUUCAUACGUGAUGACCAGAACUCUUAUUAUGGAUCUCUUGCUACCCUAGUUGACUCUGAUGAGGAUCUCAGAGGUAACUAUAACUGGGAUUACUUGCUAAAUUGGGAACCCAGAUUUAAGCCUCUCGCGUCUGUGUUCAGUGAUAUUGCAGAACUGGAGGAUGAAAACAUUAAAAUGCAUAGCUUUCCUAAGGAGAGGAAAUCCUUCAUAUUUCCCCCUCCUCUCAUUACUUCUGUAGCUCAGCCUGGUUUAAAGACAGUUCCCCCACAAAUUCCAACUCUGUUGCCAGGUCAGGCAUUUAAAAAAUACCCACGCUCACCCCUCAUCCAUCACCUGAGAUACCCGCCAUCAGCUAUGACUCCCAGUUUUUCUCCUUCUCUGUCUCUGCUUACUACACAAACACCUACAGCAUCCCCAGUCAUCUCACAUCCUAGCCUGAAGGGAGUGUGCUCUGGUGGAACAGCAUGUGAACUUUCAACAGAAGUAGUUCAAGUAUAGAUUAUUUAUCAUUGACUUAAAAUGUUAAAUGAACAUUUAGCUAAAAGAUUUUGCCAUGCUCCUUAAUGAGCAUUGCAUGUCAUGUCUAUAUCUGUAUUUUUUUUAUGAGCUAAAAAUGACUUCGUCAAACCUUUUACCUGCCUAAAUAAUUCACUGCGAAAUGUACUUCAGACCUGUCAGGGACCUUCUUGAUCUUUCUUUACAAAAUGCUGUACAACUCAGAUUUCUACUGCAGACCCCAGAUAUUAAUGUUCUGUAUGUCCUAAGCAUCUAGGAGCAUCCCUGGUGGAACAGAACUUUCACAUAAUGCUUACUGUUAACCUCAGGUCAAUUGACGAGGAUGUGUGAAACUUGCUGGAUGUCCAUGGGGCACAUGGAGUCACUAUUUUAGCUGGUCUAACAUAUGCUCUGGUGUUGCCAAUUGGACACAGACAGCGACAUUUUUGUCCUUUCUCUCCAACUGCUCUGAUUCCUGAGCCAAGCACACUUCAGCUGAAGCAAAAAAAGAAAAAAAGUUGAUGCUACAUAAUAUUCAAUGCAUGUAGUAGUAUAUAUAUAGACACGCACACAUUUCAAAGUGUGCAUAUUUGUUGUAUCAAAUCAGCAUAUGUUUACCAAUAUUUUUAGUUUUCUUUUGUUUCACUAUGUAAUUAUAUGUCUUCGCACCUUCAUUACAACACCUUGAGUAAAAUGUUAGAAUUGGCUUUUGGUGAAUAGGAAAAGAUCCUAUAAAGGUUUGGUUUUCCUUGAGUGCAUCUAGAACAAGAAUGGUGCAAGACUGACUCUCUGGACUCACAUUUAAUGAUUGCUUAUUCUGAACUGCUGUGUUCAAGAUUCAAAAUAUCUUCAUCGACUUCUGUGUAGAAAUGGCAUCUCUAAAGGUAAGAGGGCUAAAAUAAAUAAAUACUGUUUCCAAAAUACGCUGGAAGUAAUGAUGGAUUCAGAAUGGCAAAACAAAUCAAAGAUAUAUUCCUAAUCAUUGUAGAAUGCUGAGAUGUCAUCCUUGAUUAUAGCGUCUGGCAACCUUGCUUUUGAUUUCAGUGAGUCUCCAUGCAUUUUACGUUGAGAUUGUCUAAAAGAUAUAUUUGGUGUCACUGGAUUGCCUUCUUUCAGUUGCCACCAUGCAAUUGCAUAUUCCCUUGGACUUGUUUAAAAGUGACAGAGUGACACUUAUCUGAUGACUAAGCACAGCCAGGAUUUUCCAGCUCUUGGGUACAGAAUGACUUUUGCUUAUGGUUCUUUGCUUUCCAUAGCCACAAUGGGAUCCAGCUACAAGCAUUUUUAAAAAAAUUUUAGUCAUGAUUUUUGUUCGGGCUUUUUAUACAAAGCACAAAAGUUUAUUAAAGCUUAUAAGAUAUGCUACACUAGCUCUCUCACAUAGCAGGUUUUUUUCCUGAUAUGAAAGCAUACCAAACAAAACAAAUGAAAUGGGCAACAUUAAUUUAUGAAUUCUGUAUUUGCAAAAUAUGUACAUAUAUAACAAAGUAUAACCAAAAAUGUAAGGUCAUGACAAAGACUUGUAUAAUUGCAUAACUAAAAAUGUAACAGUAUUUUAAAUAUAAUUUUUAUAUUUUUUCUACUGUGAAAUCUUAGUUUUUAUUUUUCUUCGUUUUACUGUAUCGAGGCAAAAUACUCAGUGGUAAGGAUAUCCAAUGUUUGGAUUUCUGAAUCUUUCCUGGCCCAGGUCUACCAAAGGAGGUAGUCCAGAGGAGGAAGGUGUUACUGAGUUAAGAGGCCUAGUUUUAAAGAACUGGCAUAGGUUACAUGCUGUAAGCAGGGCUUGGUUCCAAUCCCAGUUUAUCCCCAUACCCAGCUUUUUAGAUAUAUAUACUAUAUUGGUAUAUACCCUAUAUUGGUAGCCAACUGGCUACCAAUAGAGGAUCACUGUACAGCUGGAACAAUUAUCCCCCAUAGAGAUUAAUAUUUAACAAUUUUAUAUCUAGAGAGAUGUUCCAAUUACCCCAUUCUCACAAAGACAAAGAAAGGAAUUCCAGGGGCUGGGAUUAAGGAUUUAUUUAUUUAAAAAUAUAGAUGUCUGAUACAUUUUGAUUACCUGUUCUUAAUGGAUAAUACUAUCUUCUAGUCCUUCCUUUUCCACCCUUUGGGCCCCCAGAUGUUGUUGGAUUACAGUCCCCAUAAUUCCUGACAGUUGGCCAUGCUGGCUGGGGCUGAUGGGAGUUGCAGUCCAGCAACAUCUGGGGACUCAAAGUUUGGGAAGGGCCAUUUAGUCUUCAUUAGUCUUCUUGAACUUACUUACCUUUUCAUUUCAACAGGCACUUUUAUAUGUUUCUCUGAUUUUUAUCUCUAUUUUAUAUUUUGUAACCGUAUUGUUCAUGGCUUAGAGACUACAGCUGUUAAGAUGUAUGUAAAUUGUUGAAACACAUAAUAAAUAAACAAGAUAACCUACCAUCCUCAAACAGCCAGUGUUAGAAACACAUCAGAUUUCUAUGCAAUUGUUGGAACUUUUAUUUAUUUAAUUUUCAAAAUCUAAUACAGAUACAUAUACAAAUACAGACCAGAAAUGAAUAUUUUGUAAUUAGUUAAUUUAUUUAAAGAA